UGUUUCUGCAGGGAGAGUAAACUGAGGCGGACCUAUCGUGUACAUGUGCCGGAUGUAAACACAGUUACCCACGUGUUCAAGCAAGUAGUGCAGCCGAGUGACUCGAUCAUUUUGGUCUUACGAGCGCGAAGCACAUUAAAAGACUAUGGCAGGCAGAGGUCGAGGAAGAAACCAGUUUACUUUUAAUGUGGACUCACUGGGUUUCGGGAGAGGAGAAUCUUUACCCACAUCCACACAAACACCUUCUCCACUUUUUCCUCCGAUGCAGUUUAGGCCAGUGCCUCUUCAUACAGGUGAAGAGGUGGAGUAUAUGCUCGCUCUUAAACAGGAGCUGAGAGCCUCCAGUAAGAAUCUGCCCUUCCACAUCAGAGCAGCCAAAACAAAGAAAGAUGUGGCUCGGUACUCUGAUAAAUACCAAAAAAGUGAACCAAAAAACAACACCAUUGAAUGGAGUCCAGACUGGAGUCGCAUGCCCAAAGAACUUUGCAUUAAAGUUCGGAAACCUCUGAAAACAAGUGCCACACCACAACUCAAGCAAAAACCCAAAAAAGCUGUGGGCAAAGAAGAGGUUCUUAAAAAACUAGAGACACUUGAGAAAAAAGAGCAAGAGCAGCAUUCUGAGGAAGAGGAGGAGGAGGAGAAGAAGAAAAAAGAGGAAAAUGAGGAAGAUGAGCCAGAUGUGGAUGAAGACUAUGAGGAAGAAGAACUUGAAGAUGAAACAGACUACAUCAUGUCUUACUUUGACAAUGGAGAAGAGUUCGGAGGAGAUAGUGAUGACAAUAUGGAUGAAGCUGUUUACUAGCAUGUUUUAUUGAAUUUAAUUUUAAUAACAUUUUUAAUCUAGUGAGUUCUGGAGUGCUACAUCUGGUGUUAAUUUUACAGAAAUAUUUGAUCAAGAAGUGUCUUAAAUCAAGCUAUCAUUGCUCAGUAUGAAUGUGGUUCAUGAAUAAUGAAUAAGUAACUAAAUUGUUAUUUCAUUAUCCACUGUAUUAAGUAAAAGACAGCCAGCGCUGCUACUAAGACUUUACUGUCAUUUCUAAACUGGCUGCUAUAUACUAUACUAAGCAAUAAUAGUGAAUAUACAUACAGCUGCUUUUCCGCUUGCAUGAGGUUAUAUUUCUGAAACCACUGAGACAAUCUCACACUGCACUUUUAUAUCAAUAUUAUUAUUAUUAUUGUAACUUUUGAAAGGUUAUUGGCUGAAAUUGUUGUUAUAUUCAAGUGGAUCAGCUUAAAGUGGAGUCAUUAUUCCCUUUUGUUGUAAACGUGAGGACACUAUAACAUUUAAAUAUGCAUAUGAGUGCAUUUUUUGUUUACACCUGAUAAAAACUUGAAAUAAAAAUUACAAUUGUAUGAGUAUAUAUGACAGUUUCUAGUCUGUGUGCAAAUGUGUUAAAAGAUUAUGAUUAUAUCCAGCAGGUGGCGAGCUUUCCCUUCAGUGUAGGACUUGCACACAUGCUGAGAUUUUGAAAGUUUUUUUGACAUCUCUAAGCAUAGCAUUGCAUGCAUAGUUUUAAUACAGUUUACUAAAAGUUUCAUAUAUAUAUAUUUAUAUAAUUGUAUUAUGUCAACUUACCAUAGGUCAAAACUUCAAUAGUAGGUUGAAUUUUCUUGCAAAGCCAAGUUUUAACUUCAUGCUGCAUUUUUUUGCUUUAAAAUAUCAGUCAUGUUUGUUUCUCUCAAAGUAAUGAACUUAAAUGAAUAAAAGUUUGAACCUU